AUGAAGUUACUUCUCUGGGCCUGUAUCAUAUGUGUCGCUUUUGCGAAGAGGAGGCGCUAUCCCUUCAUUCAUAAGAAAUCACCCUCACCCAGUGAAGAGGAUUACUUUGGACAUCGCUACCCACUUAAUCCAUCUCUCAAUAUCCCAUAUGGCUUAUGGAAUGACAAUUUGCCACCUUUUCUUUUCCCUCCUAUUGACAAUCACCAAGGAAAUACCAUCACCAAAUUCCACGGAAAUUCUGAGCUUGAAAGAGGGCUAUCUCCAUUCCCCUGGAUUCUAACUUCUAAAGUUCACUAUGCCUUCCAAAACCCUAACUAUCCCUCGGAUACCUCAAUGAAUGGUCCCACAGUAUCGGCUCCUCUCCCUCCUCCCCUACCCCCUCCUCCCAGGCCAUAUCCCUUUGUCAUACCUCCAAAGAUUUCUGCUUCACCCGUUACAGCAGAGCCUGGCGCAGCGCUGCCAGUGCCUCCCGUAGGCGAGGCUAUGGUACCUGAGUUCUCUGUGGAUAAAACUCUUUCAGGCUUGCCUACUGCAGUCAAAUUUGGACCACCCCUACCACUUCCCGAACCCAAAGCUCCUGCACCUGAGCCUGUACCAGCCCAAUUUGCUGCUGCUCCUGAACCUGCUGCAGCCCAGUUUGCUCCUGAACCUAUUGGGGUAGCUGAGCCUGCUGCAGGCCACCCAAUGGCACCCGAACCCCCUACACUACCGUCUGUGGCUGCAGCCCAGCUUAUACCAGCAGAACCCACUCCAGGCCAGUCUGCUGAAAACAAAGCUGCCUCAGGAGAGCCUGCGGUAGCCCAGGCUCUACCGCAGGUUGAGCCUGUUGUAGGUCCUGUUGCUGAAGUCAGGCCUCCUGCCCUUGGGCCUACUGGAGGUCUACUUCCUCCGGCUGAACUUAUUGUGAGCCAGUCUGCUGUGGGAAAACCUUUUACAUCUGAGUCUACUGAAGUGAAACCCGAGGGAGCGGAGCCUGUGGAGGCCAAAUCUGGUAGCCAAGAACCUCUGCCUUCUGUUUUGUACCAGGUAGAGAAGUGA